CCGGGAUUUGCUCCCUAAUUGACCUAAAUAAGCAGCUCGUGAGUGGCAGCCCCGGGGCGGUGCACGCACACGCGGGCGCACACACACACACACGCACACACACACACACACACACCCGCACACCCACACACACACACCCGCACACCCAAACGCACCCGCACGGGCAGCGCCCGGCCCCGGCCGCGCCGAGCUCCGCGCCAGCCAUCGCCCUGCGCGCCCCCGCGGAGAUCUCAUUUGCCUCCGCGCUCCUCCAAUCGCAGGAUCCCCCCCCUCGCCGUGCACGGCGUUUAACUCGCAUGACAUUUUUAUUUCGUUAUUAUCGUUUUCGCGCAGAAUCUGGCGCCUCCGAUGGGUUGUCGGCUUGCUUUUUUUUUUUUUUCUCCUUCCCCGUUCCCUUCCCCUCCUCCCCCCUCCCCCCUCCCCUCCUAGCUCGCAGGAAAUGAUGGCAAACCGCGAUCUGAAAUGAUUACUCCGGAAAAAAAACCUUUUAUACCAGGAGAGCAUCCACGGGGCUAAGCAGAGGCAGGAGGCGGCGGCGGGGCAGCGGGGAGCCGAGGAGCCAGCCUCCCGCGGAGCCGGGGACACCCCCGCCCCCCCCCCGUCCCCGUCCCCGUCCCCUUCCCCGUCCCUCCCUCAGCUCCUCUCCGACGAUGCCGGACGAAGCGACGGAAAACUCCGGCUCCACCUCUGCCCGCGUCUCGUCCUUCUUCAUCGAGGACCUGCUGGGCACCGAGGGCGCUGCGGGCGGCGGGGCGAGGAGGGCGGCUGCGGGCGGAGGCGGCCGCGGGGCUCCGCGCUCCCCGCUGCGCCUCGGAGCCCCGGGCUGCCCGCUCCGCGACGCCGCCGUCGGCUGGUACCGCCGGGCGCACGCCGCCUUCCUGGGCUGCACCAGCCCCGACACCAGCGACCGGGACUCGCCCGAGCUGCCCGAGGAGACGGCGGAGCGGGCGGGCGGCGGCGGCGGGCGGGCGGCGGCGGUGCGGGGCCCCUCGGGAGGGCGGCCGGGCCCCGGAGGCCGUGAGGAAGAGGAGGAACGAGGCGAGGAGCCGGGCGAGCCUGAGCAGCGAGCGGCCGGCCGCAAGAAGAAGACGCGCACGGUGUUCAGCCGCAGCCAGGUCUUCCAGCUGGAGUCCACCUUCGACGUGAAGCGCUACCUGAGCAGCUCGGAGAGGGCCUGCCUGGCCUCCAGCCUGCACCUCACCGAGACCCAGGUGAAGAUCUGGUUCCAGAACCGGCGCAACAAGUGGAAGAGGCAGCUGGCCGCCGACCUCGAGGCGGCCAACCUCUCCCACGCCGCCCAAAGGAUAGUGCGGGUCCCCAUUUUGUACCACGAGAACUCGCCGGCCAGCGCCUUGGGCUUUACCCUGCCCCACAUGUCGCCCCCCUUGGUGGGCUUCUCCAGCGGCGUCAGCUACCCCCUGGGCACCUUCCCCGCCGCCUCCCUCCCCUUCCUACGGUCGCAGAUGACAGGACUCGUUUGAGCGCCCACCUGUGCCAGGACCGCGGCCCCCUCGCCCCCACCCCCGGCUUCCAGCUCCCCCCCCCCCCCCCCCCCCCCCCCCCAUCAUCCCCGGACUUUUUUCUUUCCACUUCCACGUUUCUCGAUUUACCGCUUUGGGACAUUUUUUUUUUUUUUUAAACGUGCAAUAAACUCACCGCUGGGGUUAACUCGGAACGACGCGCGGCCGCUGGACACAAGCGAGGGGACCCCGGAGACCUCCGGCCAUGAGCCGGGAGCCGCUCGGCGGGCCCCCUCCGCGCCAAGCAUCCAAAGAAAACGCGGCCUCGGCCACAGGGGGACACAGACCGGCGUUUCCCGGGGGGCAGCAGCCCCCUAAUUCUCCCGCUCGAGCGUCAGACGAAUGUACGGAACCUCCAUGGCCGGGGGCUCUUCCCGGCCCCGCUGCCCCCGCCUCAAAAGACGGCGAAGCCUCGGGGCCUCCACCGCGGCCACGGGACCCUCAGCAGCUUCUCCAGGGCCCUUUGUUUUAGCCACUUAAUUCCUACAGACCCCCCCCCCCCCGCCUCCAUUGUUACUCUCAUUUUCAUACGAUCAAUACCCAAGCAUGUGCUGAUGCCCCCCCGGUCCUUCUCGGUGCAGGCUUUUUGACUUCCAACAUCUUGAAGGCAAAUUGCUCUAGUGAAUUCGCCCCGCUGAAGUCAGAGCUGUGAGGAUUUGGUUUCUUUGUUUCCGUUUUAUUUCCCCGAGAAACUAUCUCCUAAAGAUACGCGGUGGAAAUAAUAAUAAUAAUAAUAAUAAUUGAACAUUACUGUGUUUUAUUAGCUGGAUUUGCCUCUUAUUUGGGUCUUCUGAGGAGGCUGAGGAAAACGCACCUCAGCUUUUUCCGUCUCUUACGGGGUCGGUUUGUAAUCGAUUAACAGUUCGCACUGACAGUUUAAAAAAGAAAGAAAAAUAAUCAGAUGACGACAGACUGGGGAGUUGUAUGGCUAGUUAUGCAAGCUAAACUGUAAUGUGAUAUUAUAUGAAGUAUUAUGCAUGCCAAGCUAUUUUUUCCUUUAAUAACUGUUUUGUUUCUCCCUUUCUACCCACUGCUAAAAUGAACAUCGGGUUAUUGUUUCCAAAGGUUUGAUUUUUUUUUUCCUAAUAUUAAGGGGAAAAUGACCUUAUAAAACUCAGCCUUGAUGGAAGGUCAAGCUUUGAUCCUACGUUUUAGGGCAUAAUCAGGUGUAACUGAACCAACCAGCUCGCAGCACUCUCUGUCCCCGUGUGAAAAAACGGGUCCAUGGGUCUGUUGGGGUACGUGCAUGCGGAUCUGUCCCGGUGAAGGAAGAGAGAUCUAAUUCUUACUAUUUCCUACACUUUGCAUUAUGUUUGGAGCGAUCUCACGCUUUCGUGUUGUGAAAUCGAUCGGCGAGAUGCGGCGGAGCUUCAGCUUUGAUACGAAACCCAAGAAGAAGGCUCAGGGUGGAUUACAACCUCUCCACCGCUUGUUUUUUGCCUUUUUUUUUUUUUUUCUCUUUGGCCUGAAACACGGCUCUGGGCAUCAUGCACAGUUGAAGUCAAGACGCUGAAAACCUCAAAACCACUCGAGAA